UGUGUGAAGUGUGCCGUCCCUAUUCCCUAAUCAUUUACCUUCGCCUUUAUUAGACUCUCGUGUUCACUAUCUACGGCAAGCAAACACGCCAUAGAGAGAGAGAAUGGCAUCCGCUAUGGCGGCAAGAGGUGGCGUCGGGGUCGUGCUCUUGUUUCUGAUCGCCAUUACGGCGGCGGAAGAUCCCUACAGAUUCUUCAACUGGAAUGUUACUUACGGUGACAUCUAUCCUCUUGGUGUUCGUCAGAGGGGGAUACUCAUCAACGGACAGUUCCCGGGUCCAGAUAUUCACUCUGUCACUAAUGACAAUCUCAUUGUCAAUGUCUUCAACAACUUGGACGAACCUUUUCUUCUCUCCUGGAAUGGGGUUCAAAACAGGAGGAACUCGUUCGAGGAUGGUGUGGAGGGGACGACAUGUCCGAUCCCAAAAGGGAAGAACUUCACAUUCAUUCUGCAAGUGAAGGAUCAGAUUGGGAGCUUCUACUACUUCCCAUCGCUUGCCUUUCACAAAGCCGCCGGUGGUUUCGGAGGCAUCAGGAUUCUGAGCAGGCCAAGGAUUCCAGUCCCCUUCCCUGAACCAGCCGGCGACUACACCGUCCUCAUCGGCGACUGGUACAAAUCCAACCACACCAACUUGAAAGCGCAUUUAGAUCGCGGGAAGAAGCUGCCGUUCCCUCACGGAAUCCUCAUCAAUGGGAGGGGAACUAACGGCGGAGCGUCUUUUAACGUCGAACAAGGAAAAACUUACCGGCUUAGAAUCUCCAAUGUGGGCCUGCAACAUUCGCUCAACUUUCGAAUCCAGAACCACAAAAUGAAGCUGGUCGAAGUCGAAGGAACACACACUCUUCAAACCACCUUCUCCUCUCUGGACGUUCACGUCGGUCAAUCUUAUUCCGUCUUGGUCACCGCCGACCAGUCUCCUCGCGACUAUUACAUCGUCGUCUCCUCUCGCUUCACCUCCAAGGUCCUCACCACCACCGGAGUCCUCCACUACAGCAACUCCGCUGGGACCGUAACUGGCCCAAUCCCCGGUGGGCCCACCAUCCAGGUUGACUGGUCCUUGAACCAGGCCCGCGCCAUCAGGACCAACCUGACCGCCAGUGGGCCCAGGCCCAACCCUCAGGGCUCCUACCAUUACGGCCUCAUCAACACCACCAGAACCAUCAUCCUGCAGAGCUCAGCCGGUCAAGUAAACGGCAAGCAAAGAUACGCCAUUAACAGCGUCUCGUAUGUUGCGCCGGACACCCCUCUGAAGCUCGCCGACUACUUCAAAAUCUCGGGGGUAUUCCGUCCGGGAAGCAUAUCUGAUAAGCCCACUGGCGGUGGCAUAUACCUCGACACAUCUGUGAUGCAAGUAGACUACAGAGCCUUCGUUGAGAUUGUGUUCCAAAACAACGAGAACAUUGUUCAGAGCUAUCAUCUCAAUGGCUACUCCUUCUUUGUGGUUGGAAUGGAUGGAGGAGAGUGGAGACCUUCAAGCAGAAACCAGUAUAAUCUUCGAGAUGCAGUUUCACGUUGUACCACUCAGGUAUAUCCCAAUUCGUGGACGGCGAUAUAUGUGGCGCUGGACAACGUGGGGAUGUGGAACUUGAGGUCGGAGUUCUGGGCGAGACAGUACCUGGGACAACAGUUUUAUUUAAGGGUGUACACAGCCUCGACUUCCAUCCGAGACGAGUUCCCUAUUCCUAAGAACACACGUCUGUGUGGCAGGGCAAGUGGAAGGCACACUCGACCUCUUUGAUAAACGAUGAUGAUCAACUAAACCAUUAUGGGCAGACUGCUUGCCUGCUUCACCACUAGUUAUUUAUUUGUUUGCUUCUGAUUUUAACAGCCGGGUGCUUUUGCAUUUUGGUGAUUUCCCCUUCUCUGUAAUGAUGAACUUGUAUGAUUACCGCCCUCUUUCUUUGACUUUGACCUCAGCUCGAGGUCUCAUUCUUCCCCACAGAGAAAAAACAAAAGAGUGAAUGUCGGUGCCCGCGUGAAAAGUUUUACUAUAGAGUAAAUUAAGAUGUUGGUGCGUGCUUGUCAAUUUUCCUUCCUUCCUUCCUUAUGUACUAUUUUUUUGCCUCACUCCAUAGGUGUGGAGUUAAGUAAGCACAAAUCUGGUAUUUUUACGCA